CAUUGAAAUUGCAGGGCUAUACUGUAACUCUAUGUUGUAACUUCUUGAGAAACUGCCAAACUGUUUUCCACUACUGAUAUAUGAGGGUUCCAAUUUCUCUGCAUCCUUGCCGACUCUUGUUAUCGUCUGUCCUUUUGAUUACAGGUGUCCUAGUGGGUAUGAGCCGUGUCUUACUGUGAUUUUAUUUGCAUUUCCCUAGUAACUAAUGCUAAACAGUGUUUUUUCAUGUGCUUAUUGGCCAUUUUCAUUUUUAUGUUUUGGAGAAGUGUCUAUUCACAUUUAUGCCCAUUUUAAAAUUGGGUUAUUUGUUUUCUUACUGUUAUAUUGUAGGAGUUCUUUAUGUAUUCUAUAUACCAGACCCUUAUUAGUUAUAUUGUGUUUUAGCCUGUUCAGUCUUCUCACAAAAUAUCACAAACUGGGCAGCUUAUAAACAAUGUGUUUGUUUCUCAUAGCUCUGGAGACUCGGAAGUCCAAGAUCAAGGCUCACCUUGCCCCACUCCAUCAGUGAGCAACAAUGGACCAUUGAUGUGGAAGGUACACCCUCAUGUUAUGGAAGCAGAAACUGAGGCAUAGACUGGCUAAUGAUUUCCCACAAGGACACAUCUAAUUAGAACCAAAACAUGGUUUUGGUACCAGUACUGUACUUUCCAUCCUUCCCCACUGCCUCUUAAGAGUUUGAAGAUGCAGAGCUGUAUUCAUUUAUUUUUGCCCAAAGUCAAGGUAAUUUAUCCUCAGCAUUCCAAACUUACUGACAAAGAAAAAACCAAUAUUUGCUAUUUGUCUUUUCCAGAUUCAAAUUCAGGUUGUCUUGGAGAUACCCAGUUUUGUUUCAGAUUUCGACAGUCUUCUGGGAGGAGGGUGUCGCUGCAUUGUCUCCUGGAUCAAUUUGACAAAGAUUUACCAGUUUACUUAAAGAAGGAUCCUGCUUAUUUUUAUGGAUAUGUGUAUUUCCGGCAAGUUCGAGAUAAAACUCUAAAAAGAGGCUACUUUCAGAAGUCCUUGGUUUUGAUCAGCAAACUACCUUAUAUUCAUUUUUUUCACACUGUGCUCAAACAGAUAGCACCAGAGUAUUUUGAAAAGAGUGAACCUUAUUUGGAAGCAGCUUGUAAUGAUGUUGAUCGAUGGCCUGCCCCAGUGCCAGGGAAAACAUUACACCUGCCAAUCAUGGGGGUGGUAAUGAAGGUACGGAUUCCCACAUGUCAUGACAAGCCUGGGACAACUCAAAUAGUGCAGUUAACUCAGCAGGCAGACACAAAUAUAUCUGUUAUUUUACCUACUGUUCAUGAGGUGGAUAUUUUCAGAUGUUUCUGCCCAGUUUUCCUUCAUAGUCAGAUGCUCUGGGAGCUGGUGCUGUUGGGGGAGCCCCUUGUGGUUAUGGCGCCAUCACCAUCGGAAUCAUCAGAGACGGUAUUGGCACUUGUUAACUGUAUUUCUCCAUUAAAGUACUUCAGUGAUUUCCGACCUUAUUUCACUAUUCAUGAUAGUGAAUUCAAAGAAUAUACUACGCGUACUCAAGCUCCGCCCUCAGUUAUAUUAGGAGUAACCAACCCUUUUUUUGCUAAGACACUCCAGCACUGGCCACACAUUAUUCGAAUAGGAGACCUUAAACCUACAGGUGAAAUUCCUAAGCAGGUUAAAGUGAAAAAACUGAAGAAUCUAAAGACUCUGGAUUCUAAACCUGGAGUUUAUACUUCAUAUAAGCCAUAUUUAAAUAGAGAUGAAGAGAUCAUAAAACAAUUGCAGAAGGGUGUACAACAGAAACGUCCUUCUGAGGCUCAAAGUGUUAUUCUUCGACGCUAUUUUUUGGAACUGACACAAAGUUUCAUCAUUCCAUUAGAGAGAUAUGUGGCAAGCUUGAUGCCUUUGCAGAAAAGUAUUUCCCCAUGGAAGAGUCCACCUCAAUUAAGACAGUUUCUUCCAGAAGAAUUUAUGAAAACACUUGAGAAAACAGGACCUCAGCUAACCUCUAGGAUAAAAGGCGAUUGGAUUGGACUUUACCGGCAUUUCCUAAAGUCUCCAAAUUUUGAUGGCUGGUUUAAGACCCGGAGGAAGGAAAUGACCCAAAAAUUGGAGGCACUCCAUCUAGAAGCUCUUUGUGAAGAGGACUUACUUCUCUGGAUCCAGAAACACACAGAAGUAGAAACAGUAGACCUUGUCUUGAAGCUGAAAAAUAAGCUGUUGCAGGCUGAUCGAGAGCACUUACCUGUGAAACCUGACACUAUGGAAAAGUUACGGACACACAUAGAUGCCAUUAUCUUAGCAUUGCCAGAGGACCUGCAAGGCAUACUGCUCAAAACGGGCAUGACAUGAUAUUUGCCAAGAUUUUCCAGCCAAAAAGGAUUAUGCAUCAGGAAGCAUACUGACAUUUCAACCAGACGCACAAAGGAGAUCUCUCAGUGGCAGCAGAGUGGAGAAUUGCCAUGAAUGCUAGUUACAGGGUAGAAAGACUGUAUUGUAUAAACAGAACUUUUUAGUGCAUUAUUUUUAAAGUGGAUAUCUGUGGUGGUUCCACUUUAAUACUGAAACAUCGAAAGGCAUUUCUAUAUUUUUAAUCAUGUUCUAAAGUGCUCUUAUGAGAGACUUGGGGGCCAUCAGUAUUAGUGAUUUCAUACUGCAGUGCUGGCAUUGCAGAUAUUUUUUUAAAUUGGUGCUGCUUUGCCCAAUCAUGUUAAAACUCAGGGGGAUAUAAAAAUAACAUUCACACUGGCUAUCUUCUUAAGAACAGAAAGACUGAACUGUCCUAUGGUUAGAAGGAAUUGAUGCUUAUGUAGUGCCUUCUGUUGUCCUACAUGUUUCACAGUUCAGCUGCUAGUCUUGAACCUUUUCCUUAGCUUCAUUAUGAUAUGUAAUUUUAUAAGGUAUUCUGUUGAGUGAUCAUUGUUUAAAAAAAAUAUUUCUUGCUACCCAUUGUGUUUAUUAAUAUACAUGAUGGGUUUUUUUCAGUUGUCAUAUAGAUUUUCAUUAUUUUCUCUUCCAUUUUCAAAAUUUAAUCUUACCAGUUUCUCCAAAGACAAGGAGGCAUCUAGUAUUAAUUAUGGAAGAGUUUAUUUUCUCUUACCCUUUACUAAUUUAAACAUUAGGCCAGGUGCAGUGGCUCACACCUGUAAUCCUAGCACUUUGGGAGGCCAAGGCGGACAGGUCACCUUAGGUCAGGAGUUCAAAACCAGCCUGGCCAACGUGGUGAAACCCCAUCUCUACUAAAAAUACAAAAAUUAGCCAGGCAUGGUGGCACACACCUGUAAUACCAGCUACUUGGGAGGCUGAAAUGUGAGAAUCACUUGAACCUGGGAGGCAGAGGUUGCAGUGAGCUGAGAUUACACCACUGGACACCAGCUUGGGUGACAGUGAGACUUUGUCUCAACAAAAAUAAAAAAUUAAUAAAUACUAAUUUAAAUAUUAUUAAAUGUUUAAACUAAUGAACUUGGAUGCUUUUCAAAGACAUUUUAAUUAUAAAUCUCAUAAUCAGCUAUUUUUUUAAACUGAACUAUUCUUAUUUCAAAGGCAUUCAUGAGUUUUUUAUGUGAUACUUAUUUGAGUGAUGAUAAGAUUGAUGUCAGGCAUUAUUUGUUUGAUAGUGUUUUAUUUUUCUCAACAUUAAUAUUUCUCAGAACACUUUUCCUACUGUUGUUUGACGUGGAAACUUUCGCAUGAGUCACUGUUAUGGUUAGCUUUUGUUGUUGUUGUUUUUGUUUUUGUUUUGUUUAAACAAUACUACCUUGCCAAAAAUAGAAGAAUGUGAUUUGGUAGAGUAAGGUUGUUUGGUUUGUGUUUGAAUAAGAGUAUCCUGCAGAAGCCACUUUUUUUUUUUUUUUUUUUUGAGACGGAGUUUCACUCAUUGCCCAGGCCGGAGUGCAAUGGUGCGAUCUUGGCUCACUGCAACCUACACCUGCCGGGUUCAAGCAGUUCUCCUGCCUCAGCCUCCCAAGUAGCUGGGAUUACAGGCAUGCGCUACCACACCUGGCUGAUUUUGUAUUUUUAGUAGAGACGGGGUUUCUGCUUGUUGGUCAGGCUGGUCUCAAACUCCCAACCUCAAGUGAUCCGCCUGCUUUGGCCUCCUAAAGUGCUGGGAUUACAGGCGUGAGCCACCGCGCCCGGCCAGAAGCCACUAAUUAAAAUAGGCACACAUGACACAGCAUGUGGGUAAUAGCUGUGUCUUGAAUUAUCCUCUAAAUAACCAAAUUUAGUUGUAUGUGUUUGUAAAGGAUAUGGCUUCAGAAGCUAUCUUUUGUUCUCUUGCUAUAACUCUUAAGGGCAUUCCUGACCCAAGAAAGAUUCCUUGCAUUUGUAACUGUGGUCUAAUACCCAAAUGUGCCCUGUUCUUAUGGAUACAGUCUCUUGAAGCAUACCUCAAAGUCAUAGAGAGAAUAUGGCAUUCAAGAAAUCAUUUGCCUUGGAUCAUAUGAGUUAUUUUGUGAAACAACAGCUGACUUUUCAGAAAAGGGGCAACUACUUUUAUAUGCUAAAAGUAUUUCAUAACUUUUUGGGAAACCUUAUUUAGGUAUAAAUGGUUAUCUUAUUAUUUUUCAAAAAGGUAUAUUUUAAUAAUCGUACAAUUUAUAUACAGUUUGUGACCAGAAUUUGCAAGUUGUUGGUGUCAUAUCAAGGAUCUUUUAAAUUAUACCACUUCAGGAUGUAUCAUUUCAAGUUUAUUUUGCACAGCUAAACAGUAGCAAAAGAUGCCAGUUAGCAUGAUAAUGGUGUCUUCAUUUUUACUGUAUUUAACUGAAACCUAACACAUGUUGAAAACCGUAUCAUACCUAGUUUAUCUCUUAAUUUCAAACUAUGUACUUGUAAAAAUGAUGUAAAUUUGCAUUGGGAACCUGAGAAAGACUGACUGAUAAUUUUUGGUUUGUGAUUUUCAGAUUUGUCCUUUUUUUUUUUUUUAAGAAGACUUUGUUACUAUGUAAACCCUGACAUUAAAUGUUUUAUCUCUACCAGCAUCAGGAGGAAUCACUGCUUUAAGGGUAUUAUGUAAUGCCUAGUGCCUUCUAUUUACAGUGAAAAAGAGGUUUUUAUGAAGGCAUUUAUGGUCAUUACCAAAAACUAAAUUAAAGGCCUUGGAUUUUAAAGCA